UGCACGGCAUGCAGCUGCGGCGGCUGCGGCGGAACGUCUUCGGGGACAGCGCCGCAGUCAGUGCCUGUGAAAAGGGGAAGCAGUGGAAGGUGGCGCUUGGCAUCUUGGAUGGAAUGCCGCAGGCACAAGUGCAGCAAAACGUCUAUUCCUUCAGUUCACUUCUCAGCGCCUCCGAGAAGGGGCAUCAGUGGCUGCUGGCGCUGAUUUGUCUAGCGGCAAUGCCAACAAAAGCGGUGCGUCCGAAUGUGAUUAGCGUGAGUGCCGCCAUCAGUGCCUCUGAAAAGGGAGGUCAAUGGCAAUGCGCUCUAAGCCUGUUUGGGGGACUGUUUGAGUCGAAAGUGCAAAUAAAUGUUAUUUGUUUGAAUGCUGCAAUCAGUGCUUGCGAGAAGGGAGGUCAAUGGGAGCACGCGUUGAACCUUUUCGAGGCGGCAUUGGAUGCAACAGUGCAGCCAAACGUCAUUAGCUUUAGCGCAGCCAUCAGUGCUUGCGAAAAGGCAAGUCGAUGGGAGCAGGCAAUGGCUGCUUUCCGGGCUAUAGCAGAAUUGAGCCUUCAACCUACGCUUAUCAGCUACAAUGCAGCAAUCAGUGCCUGCGAGAAGGGAGGUCAAUGGCAGCAAGCACUGAGUGUUUUUGGUGAAAUGCUUCGAGAAAAGGUGCAGCCUGACACUAUCAGCUACAAUGCAUCUAUCAGUGCCUCUGAAAAGGGAGGUCAAUGGCAAUGCGCUCUAAGCCUGUUUGGGGGACUGUUUGAGUCGAAAGUGCAAAUCAAUGUCAUCAGUUUGAAUGCUGCAAUCAGUGCUUGCGAGAAGGGAGGUCAAUGGGAGCACGCGUUGAACCUUUUCGAGGCGGCAUUGGAUGCAACAGUGCAGCCAAACGUCAUUAGCUUUAGCGCAGCCAUCAGUGCUUGCGAAAAGGCAAGUCGAUGGGAGCAGGCAAUGGCUGCUUUCCGGGCUAUAGCAGAAUUGAGCCUUCAACCUACGCUUAUCAGCUACAAUGCAGCAAUCAGUGCCUGCGAGAAGGGAGGUCAAUGGCAGCAAGCACUGAGUGUUUUUGGUGAAAUGCUUCGAGAAAAGGUGCAGCCUGACACUAUCAGCUACAAUGCAUCUAUCAGUGCCUCUGAAAAGGGAGGUCAAUGGCAGCAAGGGCUGGGGCUGUUUUUGGCAAUGCUGAGGGAGACGUUGGAUCCAGAGCUAAUAACAUACAACGCUGUAAUCAGUGCCUGCGAAUCUUGCGGUCAAUGGCAGCAAGCCCUGAGCGUGUUUGGCGCAAUGCUUUGGGAAGCAGUAAAACCUGAUAGCAUCAGCUACAACGCUUCCAUCAGUGCGUGUGAGAAGGGAGGUCAAUGGCAACGGGCUUUGAUCCUUUUCUCCGGAGUGCUGGAAUGCCCCACAGCCACGACAGUGUCGCCUGUCAGCUGCCAUGCGGCCGUGCGUGCGUGCGAGAAGGGCGGUCAGUGGCAGCAAGUCUUUCGUCUCCUUGAGACAUCUAAGAGACAGCAGUUGACGCAGUUGACUGUGGCGACGCUGGAUGCUGCCGUGAAUGCCUCGCAGAAGGCGCAGCUGUGCCAAGAGGCAGCGAAGCUGCUGCGAAGCUGCAGCACGGAAGCAGCUGCCAUGCUGGCGAAGGUGAUGCAUCGAUAGCAUCCGCAGGGGGAUCGCUGGCUUUUCUUAGGUGGUGAACACAAGUUGGUGUUUUUGCGAGGUCUAUGAUAGCCAAGUUGGUGG